CAACCCAUUAUCAGCAAGGCUCAUUCAGAAGCACCCCCCCUACCAUCCUAUAGACCCUCCUCCACUGGAAGCAAAGGGAGGUCUUAGAAUCACAGAGCCGUUUCUAUGGCAGCCGUCCUUCUCACCCCCACUCCCACUAUUAUGGAAUUAUCCCCUUCUGAAAUGUCCUGUUGUGUCUGCAACACCAAAUUUCCUCUCCCUUUCUGCAACGCUUUCCAAACUCUCUAAAAUGGUCAGAGGGAUCCAAAGAGUCAGCGUAAAAGGCAGAGGUUCAGAGUGAGAGAGAAAGAGAGUGCUAGAGAAACAUUGGAAUAUUCAUAAAUACCACAGCAACUCCCCCCUUCCGAACAGCCCAGCUGGAAUGAAAACUGUCUUUCACAGCAAAUGUGUUAUCUACCCUCCUCUCAUGUGAGCAAGAUGAUAAUGGACUAUCAUCUCCAACAGGGCUCUAUAUAGUGCAACUCACCCUUCCACUGAACCUGCCACUGUCUGCAUCUUCUGGAUCGUCACUGUUUUUAGCCUUUCUCUCUUACCUACAUUUGCUGGCACUCUAAGAAGCUAACAAGAUCUUUACCUCUCUUUUCUACAGGACUGCAAGCUGCAAGAGGUUCAUAUUUCAAGUCCCGCAGUGAGGAAUGAACAACCUAGCUGACUCUUCAGGCCUGUUCUUCAACACUUCACUGGAAAGUUCAGAACAAUGUGGCAAAGAGACCAAUACGGAGAACAUCCUUUUUGCUACUUUCUACCUUCUGGAUUUCAUCCUAGCCUUUGUUGGCAAUGCUCUGGCUCUUUGGCUUUUCAUCCGGGACCAAAAGUCAGACACCCCAGCCAACGUUUUCCUGAUGCACCUAGCCAUGGCCGAUCUGUCCUUCGUGCUAGUUUUGCCAACCCGGCUAGUAUACCACUUUUCAGGCAAUCACUGGCCGUUUGGAGAGAUCCCUUGCCGACUCACAGGCUUCCUUUUCUACCUCAACAUGUAUGCCAGCAUCUACUUCCUCAUGUGCAUCAGUGUAGAUCGCUUCCUAGCUAUCGUGCACCCUGUAAAGUCCCUCAAACUCCGCAGAUCACUCUACGCCCACUUGGCCUGUGCUUUCCUGUGGGUUAUAGUUGCUGUGGCCAUGGCGCCUCUUUUGGUCAGUGUGCAGACAGCUGAGAUGAACAAUACCACCAUCUGCCUGCAGCUCUACAGAGAAAAGGCAUCACGCCAUGCUCUCGUGUCAUUGGCUGUGGCAUUUACGCUUCCAUUUUUUACUACAGUGACCUGCUACUUGCUGAUCAUACGCAGCCUGAAAAGAGGAAACCGAAUUGAGAACCAUCUAAAGGAAAAAGCCAUCAAAAUGAUAAUAAUGGUUCUCAUGAUCUUCUUGGUCUGUUUCGUGCCCUACCAUAUCAACCGCUACAUUUACAUUCUCAAUUACGAUGGUGUGAAGACUUCCUGUGAAAUGCAGCGGAUUCUGGCUCUUGGCAACCGAAUUACUUCCUGCCUCACCAGCCUGAACGGUGCCCUAGAUCCCAUCAUGUAUUUCUUUGUAGCUGAGAAGUUCCGAGAGGCCUUAUGUGGUUUAUUUUGCAGCAGAAAAGCUGCAAGGCUACCUUCAAGUUAUGAUGGGAAAACGAAUGACAGCUCCUUGAGCACUAAAACUGAACUGUAACUAAUGAAAUCAAGUGCUUUUUAAAAGAAAGGCUUUUUCUAUCUGAUACAAUUAAAUCUCCAAGAUAGCAAAACUGUGUUUCUCCAAGAGCGCACACUGAUCUACGCUUCAUUCUUGAGAAAACAAGUAACAGAUAGUAAUUUUUGCACAGCUACCACCAGCAAGUGCUAAUUCUCAGUGGAAGGUAGACUGCAAUCUCAAUGUAUACAAAUAUAACUAGCAUUACACUAUAAUAACUACCCUUCUGAUUGUCUUCAACAAGAAAAAGGAAGAAAGCAUUUGCUUAACAACGCCAUGAUUGCUCCAUGAAAUAUUUUUGUACUGAAAAAUAACUGAGGCAAAUACUUCCAUCUUCAGUUAUCAAGCAAGCAAACUACACAGCUAAGAUUCAAUAGUCCUGACAUUCUCUAAGAAAGGUGUUCUAAUUUUACAUCUGCAGAGCUUUGAGAAGAUUGUGCAUAUAGAUUUUGACAUGACCUGAUAAGAAAAGGAAAUCCUCAAAUCCACAUCUGCAAGAAAGGAGAACCAUUUGAUUUUCUAGACAGCUCAAUCGUCUCAUUGUUGACCUUUUGACUAUGGACAGCACUAAACUUGAUAUAAACACCACAUUACAAUUCAAAACUCUCUUUUGUUACAGCCUUGGCUGCAGCUCUUAUUUUCAGUAACAUUUAGAAACAAUGACAUGACACAACUUGUUUCAUUUUAUCUGUAAGUUUUUAUAUGAAGUAUAUGGUUCAUGAAUCACAUGCACAAGACUAAAAGAUUUCUAGGGAGCUUGCUACAAAUGAGUAAUCUAGUUCAGUUUAACUAUUAGGAUGCAACUCUUACUGACGCAAUUGCCCUUGCUUAAUGCAGACUGUACCUACCAUAUCCACCUUAAUAGAACAAAAAUCCUCAGUCAAGAGCCACUUCACCAGAACCUUUGCCUGUUGUCUCAAUGUCAAGUCUGCUGUGAUUUUUGAUAAUUGCUACACCCAAAUCCUGAGCACUCACAUGCUGUGCAAGAAAUCAUUUAUACUGAACUCUUGCUGCCAUAGCUUUUUUGGAAGCAGUGGUGCAGCUAGGCCUAAAUCUAUGUCCCUGGAGUCCAGCAACCCCCUAAAUUAUCACCGGAGAGUGGAAGGUGAUGAGGGCAGCAGCAAAUGGGUAGACCUGACGUCAGCACCUGGGCAGGUAAUGACAUGCCAGAGUAUACAUUCUAAUGGUGGUCACCUCAAUGUAUUUUUUUAUUACUAUAUAUAUCUAUAAAAGUUAUAUAGUGAGAGGGUGGCUGGCCAGCCAUAUGCACAGCUACAGCUCCUUGUUUAUUUUGUAUUUCAAAUAUACAUUGUCUUUUUCUACAAGUAAAUGAGUCUACCUUCAGGGAAGCAUAAGCAAACCUCA